AGGUGUUGGCUGCAGGAAAGAAAACAGUCUCAUGUAGUUGACAGAAGACCUGAUCGAGUUUUUCCAGAAUCUUCAACACUUCGAUCAAAAAACAGACGGAGUCCAGCAUGCUGCAGCCAAAGAUCCAGCCCAGUGAUGGACUGUCCUUCAGGACCUGCAGUGUUUUCAUCUUCAUGGUUCUUCAGUCUGUUGGAGGAGUCCAGCAUGCUGCAGCCAAAGAUCCAGCCCAGUGAUGGACUGUCCUUCAGGACCUGCAGUGUUUUCAUCUUCAUGGUUCUUCAGUCUGUUGGAGAGCAAGCAGAGUUAAUUUGUCCACAUCAACCAAUCGUGGCCCUGGCUGGUGAUGAUGUCAUUCUACCAUGUCACCUUGAACCUCCCAUCGAUGUCAGUUCAAAGACCGUGAUAUGGACCAGACCUGGUUUAGACCCAAAGUACAUCCAUGUUCACCAAGAUGGACGACUGAAUUUUAAGAAACAAAAUCGAUUUUAUCAUUACCACACCGCUCUGUUUGUGGAUGAACUGAAGAACGGAAACGUCUCCAUGAAAAUCUUCAGAGUGAAACUUUCUGAUGCAGGAGAAUACCAAUGUCAUCUUCCAUCAAUGAAGAAGAAAGCGUCCAUCCAACUCAGUGUUGGUGUCGUCUCCACGCCCGUCAUAGAGUUUGUCUCCAAUGAGAACAGAGAGGUGGUUUUACAGUGUGAGGCUAAAGGCUGGUAUCCAGAGCCUGAGGUGUUCUGGCUGGACGAUGAGGGAAACCUCCUCUCUUCUGGACCUACAGAGACAGUCAGAGGUCCUGAUGACCUCUAUAAUGUCAGCAGAAGAUUGACUGUGGAGAAGAGCGACAACUUCACCUGUAGAGUCCAACAGAAGAACAUCAAGCAGACCAGAGAGACACACUUCUAUGUUCCAGUUCAGUCUUCGAGUCAUACAGAGAUCAUGAGAAGCAUCAUCAUCACUCUUGUUUUCACUGUUUUUCUGCUGCUCUGUGUUUCCAUUUGGGCAUAUAACUGGCGCAGGAUAAGAAAUGUUAAGUACAUUCACUAAAACAGGAAAGCCAGAAGUCAAGAAGGAUGAUGCAAAUGUGGAUGUUUGUGAACACCAUCCCAUGUUGGACAGUAAGAAGCGACUGAGGGACCAGCAUCGAAGACCACGGAUAUGAGACCAAAGACCGUUUGAAUACAGCAAGACAGUUCUGAACAUGGACUAAAAACCUGUCGUGACCAGAAACAACCAGGAGGUGACAGAAAAAAACAGCGGAGGAAAUCAGAGUGACACUUUGAUAUUUUCCAUCUUUUUCUGUCCUCUGAUAUGAUGAGACAUAGGAACACACUCAUAUUUACAUCUCACUUACUUUUUCCUGUGUUCAUUAUAUUCAUUUAUUUCCUCUGUUGAUUUACAAUUGUUCAUUGUUGUAGAAAGUUUUUUCUUUGACAUAUUUGUGUAAUAUUUUCACGUUUCUCAAAUUUUAUUAUUUUUUUAUUUCUGGAAAACGAGAUAUUUUCUAAUGUUAUAACAGGUGCAUUUGACUCUCAUAUCAAUUUUAUUUACGUUGUCAUGAGAUUCUUUCAGGCAGCAUGAGUGUGAAAUUAUAUAUAUAAAAUCAUAUCAUUUUAAGCUGUUGAAUAAGUCUAAUGCCAUUUGAAGUCAUAAUGAAGAUUCAAAUGUUUUGUUUGUGGAGUAUCCAGCAGGUGGUGGUACAUGUACACAGUAGUAGUAAAUGUGGUGUCAUUGUGAGUUCAUGGCUUCGGGUUAUCUCAAAUGAAAAACGUUCAGGACAUGAUGAACGUUAUAUUUAGUAUUUCAGCUACUGUGGUCUCUGAAACAGUCUGUGUUCACUGCUGAGCCUUCCUUUCUUUUUACUUCUUACCCUCUGUGUUCAUUCACCUCACAGGUUUUAUAUAUUUUAUUUGUUUAAUUUUUAGAUUUACAUAUACAUAUAUAUGAGUUAUAUAGUACAGUAUAGUAUAAUGUAGUAUUUUUAAAACCUCCUCAGUGCAAAGCUCCUGCAAACAUACAGAAAGUGGAUGAACAAACCUUGUGGCCUCGUGAACAUUUAAAACAAUGAAACGUUGAUAGAUGUGAAAUGUGUUGCUGAUGCUUGUCAAACUGAAAUAUAGUUUUGACUCUGGACCUCGUGUCCUUUUCAACUUUGUUUCCAAACUAAAGUUGAAAACAGAGAAGGAAUGUUAACUCAAGGCCCAGAUCAGCUAAAACUGAAUAUCUAGACUGUUGUUGCUGAUGUUUGAAUGUCAGCAGAGGAGCUCGUGUUACGUUACUUAACAACAAAGAACUGUCUAAAUGUAAAUAAAGAAUGUUGUAAUCUUCCUGAUAAAAAUAAA